CUCCUGCUGCCUGAGGAUAUUUCACUGGACCUGAAAGAGAAACAGGAGAACACAGCACUGAAUCAACAAGUUGUUGAAAUAUGUUGACAGAAAUGGAAACGAUGGCUUAUGUGACUGAGAGGCUGAGUGGGGAUCGUGCGGUCUGGAGUGGAGGAGCACCAUCUUCCUGCUCUGAGGUGGACCUGGAGGUCAUUGAGGAGUACCUGCAGGAGCACUCACAGGAAGUCCAGCCUGUGAGAACUCCUACAUCAUCUCAGAGCACCAUGGGGCACACACAGUCCCACUAUGGAACCAGAAUCAUAGAGAAUAGCUGGUCAGGUCAGCAUCCAUAUAAGUGGGACUGGGCCUCUCACACUCAAUAUGAAGACUAUGGGGAUGGAGUUGUGCCUCCAGCCUCGUCUAGUCCACAUGAAAGCCAGUGGGAUCAAGUUGUGUAUGAGGUCCCUGCAUACAUUGACUCAGACUCCCAGUCCAGUAGCUCCCAGUGCCAGGACUACUUAGAUUCAUCAUCACCAUUGUCUGACAGAGGAGGGAGGAAAGACUCCCUGCCUCUUGUCCCACUAUCAGCAAAGAGGAAGGAGCGGUUGUUCCAGUUCCUGUUCGAGAUGCUCCAGACGCCAUCGAUGCGGAGUUGCAUCUGGUGGGUCCAGUCCUCCUCUGGCACCUUCCAGUUCUCCUCCCAAAACAAGGAGCGCUUGGCCCAGCUGUGGGGACGUAGAAAGGGAAACCGCAAGCCCAUGACUUAUCAGAAGAUGGCGCGAGCGCUGAGGAACUACUCCCGCACCGGAGAGAUUCAGAAAGUGAAGAGGAAACUCACCUACCGGUUUGAUGAGAAGACACUGAGGGGCCUACAAGGAGACUCUAAUACUCUAGUAUAGGACUCAGGAGGGGAAAGAUAUAUAAUAAGCAAAAGGGAUAUCAAGGGAGCACCAUGGGACUCUGCGUUUUGCUUGUUGUAUUUCUGUGACAUGUAGAAAUGAAUGAAUACUAAGUAUUUGUAACACUAGCAUUAAAUGUUUUACAUCUUCUAGGUUUUGUUUCACAUGAAACCAUCUUAAAGAAGGUUUCAGAUGUGAAGAAGAAGACUGCAUUGGGAUGCUGGCAUGAAAAAGAAUGUAAAUCUUACAGGUUAUCAAAUCAAAUCUACUUUAUAAGUAGAACUUUUUAAGAAAAAGAUGUGGUUUGUGGGGGGGGUUUCAAUACUUUUUCAAUAUUUUUUACAGGUAAAAGAUCAUUUUUUAGAUGUCUUAACAGAUGUAGGUUUUGUAAAAGUGAUGAGUUUUGUUCCCAUCUUUUUCUGAUGAAAAAAUAAACCUAACACACGAUCUAUUUUGCAUGUCUAUCUCUCUCUAUGACUCUCUGUAUACAUUUAUUUUGACAGAUAUGUGUAGUUCAUAUCACUAAAGCAAACACAGAUGUGCUUGUAAACCGUAAGCACUCACCCAGAACCGCCAUCAUUAACAGACCUGUUGAUCAAUAACAAAGUCUCCUGACACAGGAUGGUAGCCCAUAUCCAGCACUGGAGAAGAUAACUGUAACCUUCUGCUAUAAAGCUGCUGUAAGAUUUCCAUAGUCAAAUGAUUGGGCCACUCACAUAUGCCAAAAACAAAUGACAUGAGAAAAAAUUACAUAAUAUCUAACACAGAGACAUUAUUAUUCAUGACUGUGCAUGAAAGGCUUUACUCUGCAGUUUUAUAAGAAGAGUAUUUACAGGUCAAUAACUGUUUUUUUUUUUUUUUUUUACUUUCUUUAAGGCACAAAUGAAAAAAAAACAGAAGUGUCUUAGUUUUGUUUAAAACAAGCAAAUAUUGCAUUGAUCGUAUUCUGCAGGACCCUCCUACCAAACCCCCUAAAGGUUAGGGUUAGGGUAACACACCACAAAAUAAGAAAAAAACCAACAAGGAUUAUAUGAUCCCAAAACACCUGGCAGAGAGGCCUGCAGCUGGUUGUCCUUCGAGAUCUUUGCCAUUUACUCUGGGGGGGCAUGGACCAACCAAUGAUGUGUACCAGUGUUUCCAACCAUUUUUCCUUGGAGCCCCCUCUACAUGUACCUAAGAAAAGCGGAGCCCCCCCAUACCCAAGAGAGAGACAAAGUGACACACUGCUACCAAAAAUCAACAUAGAUUUUAACUGAUAAAACCCCAAAAAGGCCUAUGUAUGUUUUUCUCAUCAAAAGACCUUUGUAUAAACUGCUUAAUAACUACUUUACUACUACUUUACUGGUUUUAGUCAAUUUUGCAAAUCUAACUUUGGCAGCCUCAGAGCAGAUA